AUGGCCAAAGAACAAUUUCCUCAACAAAAAGCUGUGCUUAAAACAUCAGAAGAAAGAGAAGAUUGGGAAAUGGGCUUUAGCGCGACAUAUAUUUUACCAAAAAUUCAAAGCAUUACUAAAACCACUGUUGAUUUUAAAUCGGAAUUGAAUAAAGCAAUGGAAAUAGCAAAAGUUGUUAAAAAUGGAUUAGAAGAUGAAAUUACUCAAGAAUUAGAAAUGAGCCCACAAUAUAAUAAAGAUUACCUUCCUAAGUUGUGGAGAUUUACUGGAAAAAUCAGCUUUGAUGGGUUUAAUGCAUAUUAUUUAAAGAAUAUUUUACAAAAUUCCAAAGAUUUCCCAUUUUUAAAUAUUUAUUUCAAACACGAAAAGAAUUUAUCACAGUUAAAACAUUUUUAUCCAAUUAUCAAAUUCGUCAAAAUUUUACAUUCAAAACUAGCACACAAAUUAACCAGGGAAAAUGCAAUAAAGUAUACUAUUGAUGAAUUCAUUCAAUUUGAAUCAAAAAAUGAAGCAUUUGUAUCUUUAGAAACAUCAUAUGAUGAAUUUGAAAAGUCCUGGAAUGCGGUUGCUGGCAAUGUUCGUAGGUACCAGUGUCAUGACUUUGAACCCCAUAAAUUGACAAAGAAUAAUCCGGUGGUAUUCGGAUUAAUUGAAGCUAAAGAUUCUGGAAUUUAUUUGUGCGCAAUCAUAGAAUAUUUGGUCAAUAUACAAAACCAAUUCUUAGAAGAUGUUAUUUCAAUUCCGGAUGAAGCCUGUUUAUCUCUUAAAUUCUUACAAAAAGCUGUACCCUGGGCAACUUCAAUCCAAGACAAAACAACAACUAUUUCUAAUCCAUAUCAUAUUCCUUCCAAACAAGUCAAUUCUCUACAACAAUCUAAUAUAAUUAAUUAUGAAUGGGAUAACAAAUUACUUCGAUAUAGUCAACAUAACCUUGAAAUUAGGCAUGGUGAAGAAGUGAUUUAUGAUUUGCAGAAAAUAGAACAAGAACUCGCACAACUUUUAAUUUCAGAAAAAGUAUUCAUAGAAGGAAAUAGUGAGGAUCAAUUAUACAUGGAACAAUUUUCUUAUCAUAUGGAGUUAUUACAUGGUGGUUCAAGAAUUUUAAAUGAGAUCAAAGGAUUAAUAACACAAGAACCAAUUCCUACCGACAAAAUUUCAUUAAUUGGAGUUACAGAUCAAUCAAGUAAUCAAGAAUUACUUCAAUCAUUGGAAAUCCUUUUAUGUUUUAUUAAGAGGAUAUCGACUAAAAGUGGUGAAAUGCUUAUUAAAGAUUUCAUUGAUCAAUGGAUUCAGUUAUCAAAUUCAAUAAAACUAAAGAAUUUCCAGAAAAUUAUCAACAUCGAAUUAAGGUUAAAACACAUUGUAGCAUUAUAUGAACUUAUUGAAGAUCAAGUUGCAAAUAUCGGAAUCAGUUAUAUAAACGAGGAAUUUAAAAAACCACUUAAUGAAAUGAUGACAAAGGAAAUUUUGGAUUCUUUAAUCAUCGAACAGGUUAUUACAGAUAAUCCUAAACAACAAACGCAAAUUCCGGCCGAAGCAUUUGUCACUGCACUAAAAAGAUAUAUGCAAAGAUUCUUGUGUGUUGAUACAAAUAUUAAAGCAGAUGUUCCUUUAUCUAUCUAUUUAUGUGAUAUGAGUUUAAAUUUGUGGCCUGAUGAAAUUAAAGAAACAUUAGUGGACGAGAUGUUUCCACAAUCAUUAUUGGUUAAAAAUACAUAUGAAGCUUAUAAAUUUGUUAGAGAAAAGAUUCAGGUUGCUGCGCAAAUGCAACAGUCCCAAACAGUAGUGAAACCGCCUCAAGAUUUUCCUGUGAAUAACCCUGUUAUACUUCCAUCAAUUAGUAAUAAUGAUACUCCACUGAAUGCCGUAAAACCAAUAGAUAGAGCUCGUGAUCGUGGCCGUCGCGGGCGUGGUCGUAACGUUAAUUUGGAU